ACGAAGUUACCACACGCACUUCCGACAAAUCAGCCGGGGGCGCGGUGAGCUAACAGCUAAUCGGCUAACAGAACGGGGAGAAAGAAGCCCGGACGAUUCACAACACACAGUAAAUCAGAGUAAUCUGCACUAGUGCAAAAAAUAAAUUGAUCUAAUCUGACCACGCACGGCAAAGGAACUCUCUUCCCAGAUGAACAUGUUCAGUGUCCUAUAAUAAUAAUAAUAAUAAUAAUAAUAAUAAUCGAAUCACUACGAUACAAUCCAAGGCGGUGGUGCUUUCUCUCUUCACUCUCAGCAAAAUGGAAGCAGAAGCCGAGGUAAUCCCUCUAUGGCAAAAUAAACCACAUGGAUCAACUCGUAGUGUGGUGAGACGAAUCGGCUCGACACUGCCUCUUAAACCUUGUCCCAGAGCUUGUUUCCAGGAACUCCCAGGCCUUCCAUCGAUGCGUUCUAUGGAUGGUCCUUUGGUGCCUACAUUGGCAGAUAUUGCCUGGAUUGCAGAUGAUGAGGAGGAGACAUAUGCCAGAGUCAGGAGUGACACACGUCCCCUGAGGCAUGAGUGGAGGCCAACUCCUCUGCUGGUUAUGCACAGGAACUCGUCUGUGCCAAACUUCAGACGCGAAGGCAGGCGAGUCGAGGGUCUGAGGAAACCAGGAGUAACCGCUUUAAACUGCACUACAGCUUUACAGGAUGAGCUGAGUCGACUCCGAGCCCAAAUCGCCAAGAUUGUUGCUUCAGAAUCAGAUUCGAAUCCCAUAACCCCUGACCUGCUGUCCCCUGACGACACUAGUGUGGGCUUCUCCAUGGCUCAUUUUGAGGCAGCUGCUUACCAGUCAGCCCCUACAGCCUCCUUUGUCAUCAGUGAUGUCACAGAGGAGGAGGAAGAAGAGGAAGAGGAUGAAGAGGAGGAGGUGUCAGAGCUAGUGCCUGAUCCUAUGCCACCAGUUUCCAUGACUGCAUCUGCAACUUUUGAUCUCGAUCGCCCUACUAUGGACUUCCGAGAGCCAGAGGAGGACACUUUGUCUCUGUCAAAAUCAACAAGCUUCGCUGAUGUUAUGGACAUCCUGAAAGACAUGAACCGAAUGAAGAUGAGCAAGGACAGAUAUAACCGUGGUUGCACCUCACUAAGGGAAGAAAAUUCUGCCUCUCUUAUAUCUGAAGCAUUGAGGAAGAAAUUCAUUCUGAAGGAUGAUGACAUCGGUGUGAGGAAAUAAUCAAUCAUCCAAACCCUCAGCAGACUCUCCAUGCCGGUGUCUGUGGACCAUUGCCAUGAAAACCCCAUAAAGCCUCUGAAUAAACGCAAUGGAGAUCUGCACUAUUCAGCGCUCCCACAAUGUUGCGCUGUUGUUACAUGACUGGAAGAAAAAGAAGCAGUUCUCAUCAGUAUACACACUCCAACUUGCCAAGUUUGUAAUGUCUGUGUGUGCACAUAAGGGUCCAUAAGCAUAGCCUUUAUCAGUGAUCGCUGAGCUUUUGUUGUUCCAUCAUAGAUUUUGUGAAAUCCAAGCACUACUUCCUGUUUCACCAUCAUCGUUUUGUUCACUUCAUUAGGACAGUUUAUCAACAAAGCGUGCAAUUUCACAACAUAUUAUUCAAGCUAUGAAACCACAGAAGAUUCCCAGAGGAGCCCAGUUCCAGUUUGUCGUCUCUAGAUGUAUAGUUUGGAGCUGUAGAAGUGUUUCUCUUGCCUUACACGUUCCCUCAUACACACCCUGUAAUACUUGAAGCCGUUUUGGUGCGUGAUCUGAUGUUAAAAUUCUGACAUGCAUUUGCCUCUAUUUAGAGACUAAACAAAAAGACGUUCUUCUAUUUAAAGGGUUUUUGUGCGUGUGCAUGUGCACUGAAGACUUUGGAUUGCAUUCACUUGUAAUUAGCGCUCUGUGAUGUUCCCUUCAACCCUACAGAAUUUUGAAGUGUAUAUUGUGCCAGAAGACUGAUGUGGUUCAGCAAAUAGUGUAACUUAAGUUUGAAUUCAUAAUGCGUGUGGUUUAUCUUCAGGAAGCACAUGGGAAACAACUAUUUUUGGUUUUUGCUUGUGUCAGGCAGGUUGUAAAUGUUUCUGUAAAAUCUGAAUAGCAUGUGUGAUGUGGUGUUGGGUGUGACUGUAGCCAGUUUUGAGGACACCUCAUGUUUUAUAUGGAUGGAUGCUUUUUUUCCUUUUGCAAAGCGUAACAAGAAGAUAUUUUAAUGCAUACGCUGCUUUUGUGCCAUGGUCACUCACUAAAGUGGGAAUCAAACCCAAAAUCAAAUUUUUAUUUGUUUCACAUUCUUAUUUUGACAUGCCUGCAGCCUGUUUCCAUCUGUCUGACACGUUGCAUUAGAAGAGUUUG